UAGUCUUAUCGCGGUCGAUUAUUGAAUUUACGAAAUUACGCUUUACAAUUAAUAAGCAAACAUGAGUGACUUGCUUGACGACGAUCUGGAGUUCCGCGGCGGUACGCUGCAGUUGUCUUCAGAUAAUAACACUGAAGAGCAAGGUAGUAGUAAUACGCUGGGAGUUAACACAAGUAAGCCCUCAGUAUUGUCUGGUGCGGACUCUCUGCCGUCGAAUUCGUCUACAUCUUCUCUUGCCGAAGGAAGGCCACAAGAAGCCAACGCCUCAGCAGCACCACCUGAACCACAAACUGUGUACCCCCGCUACGAUGUACCGUUCAACCGAGAGAACAUUCAGGAUUUCUUCACAUUCCGGAAGGGAGUUGUCGAGAGUGCCAUACAAGAGUGUAUCACAGUGCUGCUGUUCCCUGAGGAUGGGGAGUACCUUGGUUCAUGGUUACUGACAGAAAUAACCCUAUGGGACAACGAGAAAGAGCGGAUAGUCCUGCUGACAUCCCGGCUGGUGAUGACCAUAAAGUACGACUUUAUCGCCAUGAAGCAGCUCGACUUCAAGAAGACGUACCUCGACGAUCUGGACACCAUCGUUAUUGGGGAGCUAGUGUACCCACCCUCCUCUUUAGUUCCUCGGUUAAACGGCAUAGCGACGGGCGUGACCACCGUGGUGAAGGACGUCGUGAUAGACCGCCUGUGCCGGCGCCCGAGCGACGACGGCGACGCCAAACUCUUCGAUUACAAGUAUUUUGAACCUAGAGAACGCAACCUGCGCGGAGUCCGACUGAUGUGGAACAAAGGAGAGCCGCUACCACUGAAAAUGGCGUGGAAUCCUUUUAGUCAAGACGUCCCAUUUAUUACUUUCGCGUCUCAUCCGAUUUAUUGGCAUAAAGAUGACGAGGUCGAGGAGCGUUCCACAUACGAUAUGGAAAUCUUCGCCCAGAAGUUGCAGAGGGCCGUCGAAGCUAUGGCCUCAUCCUCCUGCUGUAUACACCACGCACCCAUAGUCAUACAGAGUUACGUAGGUGUGACGUCAAUGUUACAUAAUAAGACCAGCAUGGGCUUCUUCAAGGUCAGAGGGAAGUUUAGUUUCUAAAUAUGGAGAUUAAUGUCUAAAUACUGUGCAAUAAAUGUUAUGGGAUGCGGUUCUAAAUAUGGUGAGCUAUUUGGAAAUGCGUACACCACGCACCCAUAGUCAUACAGAGUUACGUAGGUGUGACGUCAAUGUUACAUAAUAAGACCAGCAUGGGCUUCUUCAAGGUCAGAGGGAAGUUCAGUUUCUAAAUAAUUAUGGAGAUUAAUGUCUAAAUACUGUGCAAUAAAUUUUAUGGGAAGCGUUUCUAAAUAUGGUAUGAAAUAGUGUCGACGAUUAGCCGGAUUGUCACUGCGAUACGUUCUUCAAUAAGGCGGCCCACGUUUAGCCGCAUCGUACAUUGUAGAGUGACCAGUUUUUUUGGGUCGCCUACGUAACCGGAGUUUGACAAUGUUUGCAAUUUAAUUUAUUUCUACCAUGGUCCCACCGCACUACAUGUGUUUCUUUCCCAAAAC